UCUCCUCUCCACCAAGUGAAUCUCUUUCUCUCUCUUUUUCUCCGCGGAAGGAAUCUCUUCUUCUGGUUGCGUUUGAGUCCGUACGAAAAAACAAAGAAGGAGAGAGAUGGCGGAAGAGAAGAAAGCUCCAGUUGGUGUCUGGACUACCGUGAAGCCCUUCGUCAAUGGCGGUGCCUCUGGUAUGCUCGCUACUUGCGUUAUCCAGCCGAUCGACAUGAUUAAGGUGAGGAUUCAACUAGGUCAGGGAUCUGCAGCCAGUAUAACCACGAACAUGCUUAAGAAUGAGGGUUUCGGUGCCUUCUACAAGGGAUUAUCUGCUGGUUUGCUGAGGCAAGCAACUUACACCACAGCCCGUCUUGGAUCAUUCAAGUUGCUGACUGCAAAGGCAAUUGAGUCUAACGAUGGAAAGCCUCUACCGCUGUAUCAGAAGGCUCUAUGUGGUCUGACAGCUGGUGCUAUUGGUGCUUGUGUUGGUAGUCCAGCCGAUCUUGCACUUAUCAGAAUGCAAGCUGAUAAUACUUUGCCGUUAGCUCAGCGCAGGAAUUAUACCAAUGCCUUCCAUGCGCUUUACCGUAUUAGCGCUGAUGAAGGAGUUUUAGCACUUUGGAAAGGAUGUGGGCCCACUGUGGUCAGAGCUAUGGCUUUGAACAUGGGAAUGCUUGCAUCUUAUGAUCAAAGUGCUGAAUACAUGAGAGAUAAUCUUGGUUUGGGGGAGAUGUCUACGGUCGUCGGAGCUAGUGCUGUUUCGGGGUUCUGCGCUGCGGCUUGCAGUCUGCCAUUCGACUUUGUCAAAACUCAAAUUCAGAAAAUGCAACCGGAUGCUCAGGGAAAAUAUCCAUACACAGGUUCACUUGAUUGUGCGUUGAAAACCUUAAAAGAAGGAGGACCUCUGAAAUUUUACUCAGGUUUCCCUGUUUACUGUGUCAGGAUUGCCCCUCACGUCAUGAUGACAUGGAUCUUCCUGAACCAGAUUACGAAAUUUCAAAAGAAGAUUGGUAUGUGAUAUGAGAGGAACGAAGACAGCAGCAAAAAAUAAGAUGAGAAGAACGAAAACACAAUUGGAAUUGUGUUCAUUUGCUUUUUAAUCAUAUACAUAACCUGCCUUAAAGCGUAUUAUUGUAGCUGUUUGAAACUUUGAUUUUUUUGUUUCGGGCGGUGAUUGGUCCGGUG